ACUGUAAACUCAGUAGCCUAGGAUAGAGAAGGGACGUUCCGCUGGCUGCCCCGCAUACCCCACACCGCUCUCGUGCCACCACAACCAACCGUAGUGCCGCGAUCUGGUGUAGCGCCGAGCACCCGCAGUUAACAGGGACAACAUGACCUUGGACUUGACAUUGCUGCGGAACGCUGGUGUCAGUCUCGCGACGGUGGCAACAUGGCCUCUGCUGAAUUUUUUGGUAACGGUCGUCUUUCCCAUCGUCCCGCUCCUCGACUAUCGGCCACCUGCCCAUCUCCACGCCCAGUAUGACUUCAUUGUGGUGGGCGGCGGGUCAGCCGGCAGCGUGAUGGCGGCGCGGCUCUCAGAGAUACCGACGUGGCGGGUGCUACUGGUGGAGACCGGACCGCCGCCUCCUCCUGAAUCCUUCAUUCCCGGCAUGUUUGGUGUGCACGCCUUUAAAGGACAUCCGAACAUGCGCGAGUAUAUGACUGUCCCACAGCGCAACGCACUCCUCUAUAUCGCUAAUCAGGAGGCAGUGCUGCUGCAGGGGAGAGUGCUGGGCGGGGGCUCCACAGUGAAUGGAUUACUGUACAGUCGCGGCAACAGGAGAGACUACGACUCCUGGGAGGCUCUUGGAAACCCUGGCUGGGACUACGCCUCUGUCCUGCCCUACUUCAUCAAAUCUGAGGAUUACAUCGGCUCUCCUCCUCCUGAGACAGCAUCGUUCCAUGGCCGCGGCGGACCUCUUGGGGUGACACAGUAUCCGCCCACUACCCUCUCGCAGUACUUCGUGAAGGCCGGGGAACAACUCGGCUACCCUCUCGUUGAUCCCAUUGGCUUUGAACAAUUAGGAUUUCCAGCGAAUGCCACGUUCACCAUCCGAGAAGGGAUGAGGAGCUCCACGGCGGAGGCCUUCCUGCGGCCUGCUUACGAGCGCCCCAACCUGCACGUGCUGCACUCAGCCACUGUGACGCAGGUUCUGUUCGACAACGCGAGACGGGCAACUGGUGUGAUGCUUGAGUACAAUGGAGAGAGGGUAAGCGUGGGGGCGCGUCGAGAGGUAGUGCUGUCGGCGGGGGCUUUGGUCUCACCUCACCUGUUGCUGCUGUCAGGUGUCGGGCCACGCCAGCACUUGAAGCAACACAAGGUGAAGGUGGUGAGGGAUCUGCCUGGCGUUGGACAAAACCUGCACGACCACGUGGCUCUCACCGGCCUCAGCUGGACCUUUCCGCGACUCUCCAGGCCACCUCUGCCUUUUGACUUCGACGACAUCAAAGCAGCGCUGUUCACACUUCAGCUGGUGUACACUAAUGGUUCAAUUCCUGUCCUCGAAUCGGGACACAUGCAGCUCAAAUUCCACACACUCCUGAUACUCUGCACAAGGCAACCUGCAAAACGUGUGAGUAAAAUAAGUUAUCUAUGUUUUGACUGCAGGUGCUUUAGCACGUCCCGGGAACAUCCACAAUGCGUUUGUCAAGGCCAGUCCUUUCGGAGACCCGCUCUGGCCGGACAUCCAGCUUCUUUUCGUCAGCACCACCCUUGCCAGCGAUAUUGUCUUGGCUUCUUCCUUCUACAACUUCGACGCCAUCAAAUUCUUGGACGCAAAGGCUUGACAGUCAUGCCCAUCUUGCUGCGUCCCAAGAGCCGAGGUGUCCUUAGACUCCGCUCCAACGACCCACGAGAGGCUCCCCUGGUGGACAUCGGCUACCUACAGCACCCUGACGACGUGGCCACGCUGGUGGACGGAAUCAAGGUAGUGAUGACCAUGAAUAACACCUCCGCCUUCGCUCACGAUCUGGGGGUCAAGUUUUUCGACAAGCCGCUGCCGGAGUGUAGUGGGUUCCCUUACGGUAGCGACGCCUACUGGGCCUGUUACGUGCGUCACUUCGCCACCACCAUGUACCACUACUCCGGCACCUGCAAGAUGGGGCCUAGCUCAGACCCUCUCUCCGUCGUGGAUAACCAGCUCAGGGUACGCGGCGUGUCUGGGCUGCGGGUGGUGGACGCCUCUGUCAUGCCCUUCGUCACAUCAGGCAACUGCAACGCGCCUAUCAUCAUGAUCGCGGAGAGGGCGUCUGACAUGAUCAAACAGGAGUGGGCGUGAAGAGAGAGAGAGAGAGAGAGAGAGAGAGAGAGAGAGAGAGAGAGAGAGAGAGAGAGAGUGUGUGUGUGUGUGUGUAAUCACGUACCGGCCUCGUGAUUGUUCUCUAUACACUUCUUUUCUCCCCCUUCCCUUAAUCCUAUCCAUUCUUUUUUUUAUUCAUUACUAUUGUUAUCAUUACCAUCAUUACUAUUUACCUCAAGGAGUACAGAAACAUUUUUAUCAGUGAAAAUCUCCGUAACCUAAGCGGGACACGAUUAAGUGCCCGUCAAGUGACAGUUCAGGGCAUUACCACUCAGUCUAUCAGCCGUUUUAAUUUGUAUGUGUGUGUGUGUGUGUGUGUGUGUGUGUGUGUGUGUGUGUGUGUGUGUGUGUGUGUGUGUGUGUGUGUGUGUGUGUCUGUGUGUGUGUGUGUGUGUGUGUGUGUGUGUGUGUGUGUGUGUGUGUGUGUGACACUACUAAUUUAUUCUUAGUACAGAAAUACUUUUAGUACCUGUGUUCAAUAAGUUAAUAUGUAAAUACCUGCCUCCCUGUGCAAUAAAAAUACAUUUCACA